AUGUCAACACUUGAAUCCGACGGUCUGUCCGUCACAUACGCCUCGGAUCGUAUCGGCGCCCCAGAUCUGCGGCUGAUCCACUAUAAUGAUGUCUACCAUGUCGAAUCCGGAUCUGCAGAACCAAUUGGCGGUGUCGCUCGCUUUCAAUCCCUUGUAAAUUACUACCGUGAAGGCCCGCGCUUUGCCGAUCAGCCCAACAUCCUUACCUUUUUCUCAGGCGAUGCGUUCAAUCCUAGCCUGGAGAGCUCCGUGACAAAGGGAAGACAUAUGGUCCCCUUCCUGAAUAAAGUUGGAACUGACGUGGCAUGUUUGGGAAAUCAUGAUCUGGACUUUGGAGUGGCUCAGCUCCGCCACCUUGCCAGUCAAUGUCAUUUUCCUUGGCUCUUGGCCAAUGUACUCGACCCUGGCCUCGGAGAUGGAGUUCCGAUCGCCAAUUGCGGAAAGACUUGCAUGUUGACCUCCUCGAAUGGUAUCAAAAUUGGAGUGAUAGGCUUAGGUGAAAGGGAAUGGCUAGAAACAAUCAACUCCCUGCCCCCAAACUUGAUCUACAAGUCUGCGACUGAGACCGCCAAAGAGCUAGCUCCCCGACUUCGUGAAGAGGGAGCGGAAAUGGUUAUAGUUGUGUCUCACCAACGCGAACCGAACGAUAACAAGCUUGCAACCAAUCUACCGCCUGGUUUGGUGGACAUCAUUCUCGGCGGUCAUGACCAUUAUUAUGCCCAUACUGUUAUCAACGGCACCCAUGUGCUUCGAUCUGGUACCGAUUUCAAACAGCUAAGCUACCUUGAAGCCUUCCGCAAGCCCAAUGGUGCACCCGGAUGGGAUUUUAACAUCACUAGGCGAGACGUUAUGCGGUCUAUCCCGGAAGAUUCCAGAGCACUCGCACUGGUGGAUCGCUUGACUUCUAGUCUGAGAUCAAAGCUUGAAAAACCGAUCGGAUAUACUGUGAUACCUCUAGAUGGCCGAUUCUCUACGGUGCGGCAGCGCGAAUCGAAUUUAGGGAAUUUUGUCUGUGACUUGAUGCGCUAUUACCACGCCGCUGACUGUGCGAUGAUGGCCGGUGGAACUAUUCGUGGUGACCAGAUAUACCCAGCAGGAGUGUUGCGUUUGAAGGAUAUGUUGAAUUGUUUUCCCUUUGAAGACCCUGUGGUACUACUACGACUCAGCGGUCAGGCCUUGCUCGGUGCUCUUGAAAACGGGGUGAGUAAUCUUCCUGCGCUUGAAGGCCGCUUUACCCAGGUAUCGAACAUUUCGUUUGGGUUCAAGUUGGCUGCACCUCCUGGCUCUCGCAUCACCUUUGCUCGUGUUGGUGGUCAACCUAUUGACCUCCAGCGAUAUUAUACUCUUGCUACACGAGGCUACAUGGCUCGUGGGAAAGAUGGAUUUUCCUCCUUGCUUAUUCAAUCUGAGGGUGGGGAGGUAGAAGAGCUGGUAUCUGAAGAAAAUGGAGUUUUGAUUAGUACUAUUCUGCGCCAAUACUUCAUGAGCUUGAAGGUUCUCGGAAAAUGGAGUCGCUGGAGUCCCAGUCUCAACCGGCACUGGGGCUCUGUACACCGUAAUCUACACGGACAGGGAUGGCUCAAGCCUCCUUCUGGUACUGCUUCACCGGUCUCAGAGAAAGCACCCAGCCAUCGGCUGAACAUGCGGCCGCUCCUUCAGAGAACAAGUCGAGAGGUGUAUUAUUAUGGGCGUUUCCCACAUGAAGUGGAUCUGCAAAAGACUACUAAUGGGGGUAGCGGGACCAAUAGUGAUGCUAUGGAUUCCGAUUCAGACGAUGAUCCUGAUAUUCUCACUUCACCUAGAUCAAUGACUAACUAUGUCACCCUCCCUGCGCGAUCAUCCGCAGACGAAGAUUAUCGUCUACAGCUGGCACGUCGAGUUUUUCGUAAAUGGAUGCGACAUGCCGGUUUGAAUUCAGAGGCUUUGAAUCUGAUGGAUGGUGAGGGCGAAUUUACGCCUCCCUGGACAUCCGGGAUUUCACCUCGACUUGAAGGUCGCAUCGUGAUAGAGUAA